AUGAAGAGGAGCACAAGGAGGAGCACAGAAGAGGGAAGGAAACGGUUGACGAGGAUAUCUACAAAGUUCCUCCCCCGUACACACACACCUCCCGCCUUCUACCUGACUCUCCAUGUUGCCUUCAACAAUCUACCCCUCAACACUACCCGCCCCCUCCUCUCGUCCGCUCAACCUCUCCCACAUCCGACCCGCUCUCCCGUCCGACCCGCUCUCCCGUCCGACCCGCUCUCCCGUCCGGGCCUCUCGACCCCAUCGCUCGCUGUACUGCCCUCCCCGCCCUCCUUGCACAAUCUCAUGCCCACUGGCCCGCUUGCCCACAUCAUCCACAUUGCCUCGCGCAUCGCAUGGGUUGCCCGGACCUAUGCUCGACUGACCCGCAUCUCCCGCUCGAUGCCGCUAAUACGCUAG